UACUUUAGGUUCCUCCAUUGGCGGGAAGAAGAGAGCCAAGAGACGACUAGUAAUCAUAUAUAUAUAUACAUAUGUUCUCAUCAAAAAAGAACACUGGGCGCCAAGAACAGAUGCCUGCCACUCUGAGUGGGAAGAAUAGAGUCAAGAGACGGUAAGGUCAAGCACAAGUUCGUGUUUUGCUGUUCCUGCUGUGGUUCUCUACUUUCUCAGAGAUGGGAAGGAAGAAUACUAAUGAAAUUGGGGGAAGUGGAUCACAAGUUAAAGCUGUAUGGAAUGAUUAUAAUGUAUCCAAAUUUUGUGAUCUGUGCAUCAAGUUGGUGGAUGCUGGACGUCGUCCUAAUACUCAUUUUGACAGAGAAGGAUGGGAGAGUUUAGUAGUAAACUUCAGUAAAGAGACCGGCAAUAACUAUGAUAAAACUCAAUUGAAGAAUAAGUGGGAUUCACUUAAAAUUGAAUGGAAGUUGUGGAAAGAACUAGUUGGCAAGGAAACUGGUUUAGGAUGGAAUCCAAGCAAGGGUACUGUUGAUGCACCUGCCGAAUGGUGGCAUAGUAAGAUUCAGGUCAAUCCUGAAUAUGCAAAACUGCGUAAAAAAGGUCUUAAUCCUGAAUUGGAGGAGAAGCUAGAUAGAAUGUUUUCAAACAUUACAGCCACUGGUGAACAUGCUUGGGCACCUUCUUGUGGAAACCUUCCAUCUCCGAAUUCAGACAUAUGCAAGGAUGAUGUGAUUCCACUUGAAGGCAGUGAUGAUUCGGUGGAUUUUACUCCAAUAGAAAUAAGUGGGGGUAAGGAAGGUGUUUCAAGGAGAGGGAAAAAAAGAUUGACUGAUGAAGCUGAAUUACAAGCAGGUGAAGAUAAUCAUUGCAACCAUGGCACUUCAUAACUACAUAAGGAGACAUGCUGAAAGUGAUAAACAUUUUGAUAAACAUGGAAAUGAGAAUAGCACUAUGGCUAAUGAGACCACCGAUAUAGAGGAGGAUACACAAGGAGUUCAUCGUAGUCGUCAUGAUGCCGGUGCACAAGAAAUGGAAGUAUUAAGAAAUAAUAUAGCCACAAGUUUAAUGAAUGCAAUGUAGACAUUGGGCUCUAUCUGUUCGGUUUUUAAUUUAUUUUUGUUUUAUUUUUUCUAGUUCAGAUAGAUAUUAAUUUGA